AUGCCUGCUACGAUCCAGAUUCCUAAAGAUGUGUUUAUAAGGCUCAGGCCUGCAAUCGACGGUACUCCCGUUCAAGGCAUCUUGUUUGGUCAACGUGAAGAAUGUACAGAUCGUAGACUAAUUAUCCAUGUUAAGGGUUUCUUCUCAUACCAAUCAAGUUCUCAAGACCUCAUCAGCACGAUCGCAAAGUUAAUGAACUGGAAAGGUCAAACCGUACUAGGCUGGUUUGCUGCCCCCGGACUUGACGUCCUAACACGUUGUGAUCCACCACGUAUAGCCUCAGCUUAUUUUCAUACUUUGCAGUCAGCUAUGUUAAAAGUCAUUGUGGCCAACUAUCUUAAACAACACACGG